AUGUGGACACAAGUAUUUCAGGAACAAUGCUCCGUCAGAAUUUUCUCAUCAUUCUUGUGUUGUUUGGGAUGGUAUUGAGUGGGCUCAUUUACCUGAACACCAACCAGAACGGUUGCAAACCGCAAAUAAUAGAACAAGUCUUCAUCAAGUCAAAGUGGAAACUUAAGAACUAUGGAUUGCGCUCAUCGCCAGGGUUUUUGUACAACCAGCCCAGUGCGCUGGUAAGUCGGACAGAUGUUGCUUCUAUGACACCAUGGUUAGCCCCAAUCAUUUGGGAGGGAACCUUUGACGCCACACUGAUCGACUUUAUCUACAAACAACAGAAUCUCACCAUAGCGACCACUGUCUUCGCUUUGGGAAAAUACACACGUUUCCUCAAAGAUUUUCUGGAGUCAGCAGAGCAGCAUUACUUUGUUGGAUUUCGAGUGGAUUACUACCUGUUUACAGAUCAACCAGAGGCAGUUCCUGAAGUUACGAUGGGUGAAAACCAUACUUUGACAAUUCGAAAGGUUCCAAGUUUGAACAGAUGGCAGGACAUCAGUAUGGGCAGGAUGGAAAUACUGGAAAAACUAAUAGAGAAUGAACUGACCAAGGAGGCCGACUAUAUUUUCUGUCUUGACGUAGAUACGAAGUUCUAUGGCCGUUGGGGUGUGGAGUCUUUGGGUCGUCUGGUAGGUGUGAUACAUCCUUGGUACUUUGAUGCUCCAAGGAAUCAAUUUACAUAUGAGCGUAGACCGGAGUCUCAAGCAUACGUUCCAGCGGGAGAAGGUGAUUAUUAUUAUACUGGUGCUGCAUUCGGCGGCUCAUUGGAGGAUGUACAUCAUCUCACCAAAACCUGCCGGAAACAGAUGAGCAUUGAUGCUGCAAACUCCAUUGAGGCGAUAUGGCACGAGGAAUCUCACUUGAACAAGUAUUUCCUUUAUAGAAAACCUAGUAAACUGCUCUCUCCUGAAUAUCUGUGGCGGGACAUCAAUGCCGGGGCGGGCCAAAUAAAAACAGUUCGCUUCUCUCAUGUAGCUAAAAACAAUGCAGAAGUUCGUCCGAACUUGUAGCUGAUAUGGUCUGUUCUCACUGUCCUCCCAUAAGACAUUGUGAAUCUGAUAACAGGUAAUACUGACAACAGAGAAGUCAACAACUGUCACAAGAGAAUGGAUAGUCACAGACAUGUACAGAAUUGAACUAAAUCUGCCAAAAUCUUUUUGAAUAACUACUCACAAUAUGAACUUUAUGCAACCAGACACAAUCUACGUGCAUUGAAGGCACUGACAACCCUGUGUUACCUUUUUUUUUUUUUUUUUUUAUUACGGAAGUUUAGGGAAGAAGUGAGGCAGAUACAGGGUCUGAAGCUAAAACCAAUGGUGGAUUUUAAAUGGUAUUUUCUGGGUAAUACUGCACAAAUAUGAUUUCACUUUUUAGCGUGAUCUCAUUAGUAUUCAUAGUUAUUUACUAAAUAUAAGUAUAUAUACUAAAUAUACAGUAAAACCAUGUGUACAUAUUGACACCAUAAAAAUAUGUAUAUAUGCACACAGGUUUUGA